AAAGCCGUUUGAGAGCGCGACAGGGCUCCCGCUUACAGCGCGAACACCGGAAUUGUGAUGCGCACGAGCUUUUCCUCCUCUACUCCUUCUUCUUCUUCUCCUCCUCCUUCCUCCUGUUUUUCCGUUUUCUCGCAGGAGAUUUUAUGGAAACGGUGUGAUUGUUGUUAUUGUUGUGGUGGUGCUGGUGGUGGCUGUGGCUGUGGCUGUGGCUGGGCUGGCUGCCUGCCGUUACCGUUACUUACAUCGCGACCGGCGCGUCUGUUGUGGCCGUGAGGGGGGGGAGAUCACCACAGCGGCGGUGACCGACACCGGCGGCAGACCUGCCUCACUUUCUCCCUGUCUCACUCUCUGUGGAUCGGUGUCCCUUUGCCUCGAAGCGCACGACACACACAAAAAGAAAACAUAAGUGAAAGCGGCCGGUCGACUCCUCCAGCCCCACCGUGACUCUACCGAGCCGAACACAAACUGAAACAACAAACAACACCAACUAAGAUGAGUUCGUAUUUCGUAAACUCGCUCUUCUCUAAAUAUAAAAGCGGGGACUCGUUACGUCCGAACUACUACGAGUGCGGCUUCGCGCAGGACCUGGCCGGCAGCCGGCCCACCGUGGUGUACGGCCCGGGCUCCGGCGCCACCUUCCAGCACGCACCGCAGAUCCAGGACUUCUACCACCACAGCGCCUCCACGCUGCCCAGCAACCCGUACCAGCAGAGCCCCUGCGCGGUCACAUGCCACGGCGAGCCCGGCAACUUCUACGGAUACGACGCCCUGCAGCGACAGACGCUUUUCGGUGCCCAGGACGCGGAUCUGGUCCAAUACAGCGACUGCAAGCUGGGAGGCGCGCCGGGGCUCGGCGGCGAGGACGCGGAGGGGACCGAGCAGAGCCCCUCGCCGACGCAGCUGUUCCCCUGGAUGAGGCCGCAAGCUGCGGGCCGGAGGCGUGGACGCCAGACCUACAGCCGCUACCAGACCUUGGAGCUGGAGAAGGAGUUCCUGUUCAACCCCUACCUGACCCGGAAACGCCGCAUCGAGGUGUCACACGCACUGGCGCUGACAGAGAGGCAGGUAAAGAUCUGGUUUCAGAACAGGAGGAUGAAGUGGAAGAAGGAGAACAACAAGGACAAGUUCCCCAGCAGCAAGAGUGAGCAGGAGGCCGUGGAGCGGGAAAGGAGGGAGAAGGAACUGCACGAGGGGGACGGAGUGGAGGAAGCGGAAGUGGAGAAGGCGGAGGUGGAGGAGGAGGGGUCCCGGUGGCAGUGGCAGUGGCGGUGGCGGGCACAGCGGGACCACAGGCCCCUGUGAAUGAGGAUUGCUGCGAGAAAACCCACAAGCAAAUGUAGGGAGGAAAGAAAUAGUGGA